AUGGGUAAUAUAAAUAGUUUCAAUUUAAAAAAUUGCAUUAGUAUUUUGAAUAAAUUAAUUGAAAUAGAAGAACUUACUUUGGAAAAUAAUAUUUGGAAGGAUAUAAGAAAUAGAAAUAGGUCUAAUAAGAUUCAAAAUGACAAAAAUCUUGAAUUUUUAUUAUAUUUUACAAAAAAUAUAUUUAAAAAUAUUUGUAAAAAAAAUAGUUAUUUGAAAUUAAUUGGGAUAAUAGAAUAUUCUAAGUAUUAUAAUAAUAUUAAUACAUUAAAUAAAAAAAAGAACACAUUUCAAAUAUAUUUAUUUUAUAAAGAUAAGUAUAUGGUUCUAAAAUAUUUUAAUUUAAUAAAUGAUCUUAAGAAUUAUAUUUUAAAAUGGAUAAGAGUAAAUUUUGCAAAUGAAUACAAAACAUUUUUAAAAUCAGGAUUUGUGUUUUUGGACACAUUAAAUAACAUAUACAAUUUAAGAAAUUUUUAUGAAGAAUUGAAAUAUGAUUUAAAUAAAAAAUUAGAAAUAUAUUUCUUGCUUCCUAUAAUAAUACCAAUACAUAUAUUUAAUGAUAAUUUAGAUAAUAAUAACAAAAGUGCAUACAAUUUAAAAUCAAAUGAAGAUAUUAAAAAAAAUAAUGGAGAAAAACAUUACACAAAUAGCGUGAUAGUUAAUUUUUUAAUAGAAUUAAUCUUGUAUUGCAUAUAUUGCUUAGAUGAAGAAAAUCUGAAUAGUGAUGUAGUUCUUUAUUUUUUAAAAAUUCAAAACUAUAUUUUUGAUAUUUUUUUUUAUUUAUCAUCAGUUAAUAUUGAUUUUUUUAAUUAUAAUGAAUGUUUUUAUAAUAAUGUAAAAGUAACUAAUAAUUUAAAUAAUAUGAUAAAUGAAAAUAAUGCGAUUGAAUUAAAUAGAAAAAUUAUAACUGUAAAUAAUGAUAAUGAAAUUGAUUAUAAUAUUCUUAGAGUUAUGUCACAAAUGUAUUCACCAAAUAUUUUCUUUCUUGAAAUCCUAUUAAAAUUAGUUAAAAAAUUAUAUAAGUAUAAUUAUGUGUUAUUUAAUAAGUUGACAUAUGAAUUCUUAACAUAUUUAAUAAGCAUAUUGUAUUAUGAUAAAUAUAAUAUAGGAUUGAAAUAUUUUUCCAAUUUUAAAAGUAAAUGUUUAGGUCUUUUUAUAUUAUGCAUUUUUUAUAAAAGUAGUAUAAAGAAUGAAAAAAAUAAAAAUAAAGUAAACAUGAUGGAAAAGAAAAAAUUCAUACUAUCAAAUGAAAAUGAGGAUAAUAUAUUUUUGCUUACAUUCAAAGAAUUAUAUGAUGUGAACUUUUUUAAAAACGAAGAAAACAAAUAUUAUGAAAACUUUCAAAUAAAUACUAUAGAUUUUAAAAGAAUAUUCAAAAUUUUUCUAGAUACAGGAAAUUAUUAUAUGAAUUUAAAAAAUCAUAAUACUAUUUUAAAUUCUGAACAUGCCUAUAUUUUAUUGUUAUAUAUGUUUUUAUAUAAAAACACGAAAUUUUAUAUGUAUUUUUUUAGUAAUGUAGACAAUGUUCAAAUUUUUCUUCUUCUUUUAUAUUUCUUCAUUAAAAUAACUCAACAAUUAAUCUUUAAAAGUCACUCUUAUAGCAAAAAUGAUAUUCAUAUAGUAACUUUAAUUUUAAUUAUUUUUGUUCUAAUAAUACAUGACAAAAAUUUAGAAAAUGCGUUAAAAAAUAAAAUGAAUGCAAAGUUUUUACAGGUUUUUGAUUUACAAUAUCAAGCAAAUUAUGGUAAUAUUUUUUUUUAUUCAAUAUUAAAAUUAGCAAUAUGGAAUUAUAAAACAUUUAAAAAUAUUUUUACUUUAGAGCUAAUAUAUGCUAUUUUUAGUAAUAUAAAAAUUUCUUUUAUACUUGAUUCAGAAAUUAUUAAUUUAUUAAUUAAAUACUUUAAUGAAUUUUUAAAUCAUAUAAUAAAUGUUGCUGAUGCCAUUGCAUUCCCUCAAGAAUAUUCUAGUAUAAAUAAGAAUUAUAUAAACGAACAUAAUGUUCAGGCUACAGGAAUUUUAUUUAAAUCAAUAUUAAUUUUAUUGUGCAAAAGUAUGAAUAAUACUAAUAUAGAUAAUCUAAUAAAUGUUUUUUUAAGCAUAUAUGAAAGAUUAAGCAUAAAUAAUAUCAAUAAUAAAAUAAACAAAAUCAUUUAUUUUAAUCAUGACAAUACAAAAAAUAAUAAUGAAAUGUUUAGACUUAUAUUAAAAUCUUUGGUUCCUUAUUUACAAUAUAUUAAGAUAUGCAUAUUAUACUUUUAUAAUAAAAUAUAUUAUGAGAACAAAAAUUAUAACAUAGAUGAGUUGCACAUUUUAAUUAAAAAUUUAGCAUUAAAAUUUAAAAUAGUUACAGAUAAUAAAAUUUAUUAUAAAAACAAAAUAUUAAAAAAUUACGAAGCUAGUAAAAAUGGAAAUAUGGAAUUGCAAAAUUAUUGUAUAGAAAUCAGUAGCAUUAUGAAUUUUUAUCCCCAAGAUUUAAAUAUAAUUCGUUAUAAAUAUGAUGAAGAUGCUUAUUCCAUUUUUUUCUUUUUUCCAUAUAUUUGGUGUGUAAUUAAUAAAUUAAUUAUAUUAAAAUAA